AUGCGGUUUUCUUUGGGUUGUUCGAUUCUCGGCCUUCAAUGGUUGUCGGGACUAGUGCUCGCUAGGUCAAGCGACUCUUGCGCCGCCCCUGCUUAUGUUCCUACCACCGCUGAGAAGGCUACGCCUUUCUUCGUUUUGAACGACACUGAGCUGCAAGACAUCACCGAAUGGCUGCUUGACCCAGCUCAGGGCCUCAAUUUGACCGAUGCCACAAGUCCCAACCUGACUCAGACUGACAACUACAUCUGGUAUAUUGAACCUUUGCGGCCCAACAAGACCGAUGUGUUGGCGUAUCUGGAUGGGAACGCAAGCUCGCCUGCUAAGUAUGCUCAUGUCGUCAUGGCCGAGGGAGGCAAGGCUGAGCCAGAUAUGACGGACAAUGAGACAACGAUACAAGAACUCGCCUAUUGGUACAAUGGUGUACAUGGCGCCCACGUUCCCUUCAACUCUCGUCCAGCAGAUGGGCCAAGGAAUGCGGCCAUUCUACCUCUGAUCAUUGAAGUCAUGUCUAGCAUCGCCGACAUUACGGCCGACCUUGUCGAUAUGGUUUUUUAUGGUCCAGAUGACCCAAGGUCAACUGCGCACCUUUUCACAACCAAUCCGCAGUCCAAAGACGGGAGCGAUUGUCUCAUUUGGAUCCCGUGGCGUCGCAAUCGAAUGGCCUACUUCGACCAGCCAUCAGACCUAUACACAAGUUUCGACUUUUCGGGAAGUGAUCCAUCGCUCUACAAGCUUCGGAUGAUUGUCUACAACCUGGUUGUCUACAACUCAGUGGAAGAAUUUCGCGCCGCCUAUGAGAGUGGCCAAAUCAUCAAAGUCCCACCUCCAGCAACAGACGAUUCUUUCCUGCAAAAGGACAGAUUGGGAGCUGUCCGAGACCUUGAGAACCGACUUGCGCCGACCUCGGUGGAGCUCGAAGGAAAGCGAUACAAGAUCGAUGAGGAAAAUGGCUACGUUGAGUACCUCGGCUGGUCAUUCUACCAUCAAUUCACUCGUGACAUGGGCAUUGGAAUAUUUGACAUCAAGUUCAAAGGCGAGCGAAUCUUGUAUGAGCUUGGCCUGCAGGAGGCAGCCGCACAAUACUCCGGCAACAACCCUUUCCAAGCAGCAACGGCUUACUUUGAUCGCUACUAUGGCAUUGGCUCCUGUAAUGUCAGACUGGUCCCUGGCUAUGACUGUCCAUAUCAUGCGACAUACUUGAACAGCACUUGGAAUGACGAAUUGGGCGUUCACGAAGUCAUCGAUGGCAUUUGCAUCUUCGAAUCAGACCUUGGCCACCCUUACAGUCGCCACAACGAGGCAACCUACAUCCAUAGCUCCAAAGCGUCCGCUCUGACUAUCAGAUGGAUCGCAACGGUGGGAAAUUACGAUUAUUUGUUUGAUUAUUCGUUCUGGAUGGAUGGCACCAUCGCCGUCGACGCAAGAGCUUCAGGCUACAUACAAGCAAACUACUACCGUCCUUCAGAUGGGGGCCACUGGGGUCCCCGAGUUCAAGAAACCAUCACCGGUACUCUCCAUACGCAUGUCAUGAAUGUCAAGGCGGACUUCGAUUUGAUCGAUACCAAAAACACCUUUCUCAAGACAGAUCUUAUUGUGGAAAACAUCACGGCGCCGUGGUUUCCCGAGCUUGGAGAAUUUGAAAUGAUGCGGUUGAACUUCACCGAACUACAAACCGAAGACGAAGGUCUACUGCCAGUGCCUACCAACGGACAGACGAUGUACUCCGUUAUCAAUAAAGACCAGAAGAACAAGUGGGGCGAGAGUCGAGGCUACCGCAUCCUCCCAGGGAUCAGCAACGUGCACCUCGCAUCACAGAACUCCCCCUUCAUGAAGAAAUCCGGCGAAUGGGCCAAGCAAGCAUUCGCCGUAUCCCGCCAGCACGAUACGGAACCAUCAUCGUCUUCGACGCAGCAGCAAAACCUUCCGUGGGCGCCGCCCGUGGAGUUCUGGAAGUUCUUCGACGGCGAGUCAUUGGUGCAGGAAGAUCUCGUCAUGUGGAUCAACCUGGGCAUGCACCACUACACGCGGUCCGAGGAUAUCCCCAACACCAUCAUGACCGAAGCACACUCGAGUAUCAUGUUUGCACCGCAGAACUGGGGAGAUACGGAACUUGCAGUCGACCUGACGAAUGCGGUCAUCUACCAUGCGAAUGAGAAUGGCAGUGUGGUGGUGCCAGAUGUGAACGGAGUCAGCCCGCCUAGUUGCUUCCCUUUGACCUCGCAAGAUCAGCUUCUUGGUGUCUUUGAGAAUCAGAAUCCGUAG